UUCUAAUAGAUCCUAAAUCAUGUCCUAGUACCAAAUCAAAACACUGUUUUUCGAGAUUUGUGUACAUAGGUUGAAGUUCUGCGUGAAGGGAACGAUUUGCAAAAAUGACUAUAUUACAAACAAUGGCAACAUAUGCUACCCUGUGGACUAUAUCAGAUUCGGUGGAACAGAAAUUCAUCAGCAAGAAGGAGCAGAUGGACUAUCAAAAAUCUGUCCGGAUGGUAGCUGUUGGAACUUUUGUUGUAGCACCUCUUGUGUUUUCUUGGAUGUUCAUAGCGGAGAGGAUGUUUCCAGGGCGAACAUUCAGAACUGUGGCAAAGAAGAUGAUAACUGAUCAAGUUGUUUUUGCUCCAUUUGCUAUAACAUCAUUUUAUUUCUCAACUUGUAUGCUUGAAAGAAAGUCCCUCCAACAGUUUCAAGAAGAGUGGCUCAAGAAAUUCCCAGUCACUUACAAGACUGGUGUCAUGUUUUGGCCAUUUGUACAAGCUGCCAACUUCUCACUUGUUCCAUACAAGCACAGGUCUAAAGUAAUUGGUUGUGCAUCUUUUCUAUGGUCGAUGUUCCUUUGCUAUGAGAAAGAACCUUCCAAGGAGGAAGUUAGUCAAGAAGAAAGUUGAUGAUAAAGACAUAUAGAGUUAAUUAAUGUUAAAUGUCAAUAGUACAGAUUUUGAUUCUUAUUUGAUUCUGUGAUAUAAUUUUUCUGCUGUUCUUUUUUUAAUUUCUAAUAUAUACACUUUAUUUAUUAUGAAAUUUUUAACUGAACUAAUGUAUAUAAAACAUUUUUGGAAUUUUUUUUAUAGAUAUAUAUAC